AUCAUAGCAACUCUUUAACUGAACCAUACAUAGCAGCUCAUAAUAUGCUGCUUACUCAUUCAUCUGUUGUCAGAUUGUACAAGAGAAAGUACAAGUUAACUCAACAUGGUUUUGUGGGAUUACAUAUCAUUGCAUACUGCUUUAUUCCUCAUACAAACAUGAUGGCAGAUGAAGCUGUAACUUUGCGAGCUUAUGAUUUCUACCUUGGUUGGCUUGGAAAUGAAAGAAUUCUUGGAAGUUCAUUGGAUCCUUUGAAUCUUCUGAAAAGCUUUACUGGUCCAGUGCCUGCACUACCUACGCGUAUGCCGGAGAAUGUAAAUCCGAGAUUAAGGACGUCGUGUUUCCCCCAGUGCAAGGAGAAGUAUGACCUUGAGUUGGCAAAACUUGUAUCUGAGUUUGAGAAUUCAUCAUCUGAAGCUAAAUUGGAAUCUCCUCGACCUCAGUUGCCUCAGUGGUUGCAAAGUGCUAAGCUAAAGAAUGAUAGUAAUGUAACUUCUUUGUCGCAGAUUAAGGAUCAAGGUUUUUUGCAGCAGAAAACUCAAGAACUACAAAAGAAGUGGAACAAUGCAUGCUUGCAACUUCAGCCUAAUUUCCAGAAUAAUGUUGGUCCUUAAAGAACCGUACCACCUGUUCUCUAUGCCAGGCUUGUACAAUCUGAACCUGCUUUUGCAUCAACCUUUACAACCCAAGCUCGUUCCAAGUAGAAGCCUUGGAGUGUGCCUGCAACUGACAUGUGGAGGAACUGAAGUUGAAGCAGUAACAGUAUAUAAAUGGCUCGUUCCACUCUGGAUGAGAUGUCAGCAAGUUCAAACUAUUUUGGAAAUACACAGUUCUGGUAUUCUUUACCAAUAAAAGACCACUCUAUGAUUGUAUCAAUCAAUGUUUUGAUGGAAUUGCCGACAUUAUGGCAGUAUUACAAACAGAAGGUGGUCUACUUCGUGGAGAGCACAAUCUCUUGGGUGAAGCCUUCCUAAUUAUGGCUUCUGCUGUCGGGGUUCAGCAACAACUAGAAGUUUUGGCCUGGUUACUUGAACUGCUAGUCUUCUGCUUCUUGUCAGGCAGCGAGGGAUGAAAGGCGUGAUUCUGUACAUGCACCUUUUUUAAAGGGACAAAAAAAGGCAGUGGGGGGUGAAAGAUGGGAACACUGGUAUGUAACUUUGAGUUUGGCUCACCAGAUAAAAGCAAAUUCUGGCAAGUCUCUUCACUCUAAAAUUCUUAAUCCAGAAGGUACUAACUUACUAUAUUUCUUUACUUUCUAGUUUUACAAAUGCUUUAGUUUUUCCAUUUUUGAAUAGAGGUAGUGUUCCCUUUUUGUCUAUCAGUUAUCACAGAGAGUUCUCCUAAGGAGAGGGAUGCUCUUAGGAUUGGAAUUAUCUCUGCGUGAAGUUCUAUUUCAGAUAAGCAGGUUAUGUAAAAGUACCAUCUAGUAAUAGGUUAAUAGAUAGUUUUAUGCAAGCCAAGAACUUAACCAUCAGUUCAUUUGAAAUAUUUUAAUCUUUUCAUUGUGAGAGGUAAUUGUGAAUAACUGUUUCAUUAUGUAAAAAAUCUAUGACCAUUGUUGUAUAAGGGGGAAAAGAGUAAAAAGGUGAAUAUAUGUUUAAUCAUGUAGCUAUCAUGGUUUUGUCUUUGGUUAAUUGUUGUGUAAGCACUGAGAAUGUUUCUUAACUUUUUCUUGGUGUUUUGACUUGAAAUGUUGUGAUGUUGCUUUGCUCAUUUUGAUUGUUUAUCCAAAUCGAAGAGGUAAUAUACAUGGCACGACUCGUUAUUAAUUGUUUUGCUUAAUUUUUACUAAUUUACUUGUCAUGCAUGUUGAAAUGGUUGGUCAAGUUUAAAGAGGCUAUUGUAAAUGGCGUGAACAGGUAAUUGAUAGUGGAAGCUAUCAAGUAUUAAGGAAUCCUUCCAUAUUUGAACAAGGAAAUGGGAUCAGAUGGGCCAAAAUCUGUGACCAUUCAUGUCACGGGGUUCAAGAAAUUUCAUGGUGUUUCUCAGAAUCCUACGGAGACAGCAGUUACAUGUUGAAAGAUUAUGUUGAAAAGAGAGGAUUACCUGCUGGUGUGACCUUGGGUAGCUGUACUGUUCUUGAAAUAGUUGGAGAGAGUGGACUCCCGACUUUGUUGAAGGUCAUAGAGAAGGAGCCUCUUCAGGAAACAGUUCAAAUAAUGGACAAGUCAUAUGGGUUAGUUCUACCGAGACAAACCUUCUUUGACUAAUUUGUGUGGAUUAAUGCUUGCUCUUUAAAACUGUCUUGUGCAGCAAAUUAUGCACAUUUAUGGAACAUGAAUAGCUGGAUGUGUGGUUCUCUGUUUUCUGAUGCUUUUUAGUUUAUUUGCUACCUCUGAAUUGUAGAUAUUUUGAUGGGUAAAUGUACUGUGUGAGCUAACGAUCAUACUCCUAUAGUGCCAGAUUGAGAGCUUAUUGUCCUGUCUUGGUUGCAUAUUAGGAUCUUGAGUGGAUAUGGUCUUGCCUACAAAUUUUAUUGUGGAGGUGUACUGUUUUCCAAAUGGCAACUUCAGAAUCUUUUAUGCUGUCUCUCCUCUAAUGAGCAUCAUGAAAUGUCCAUCGAUUCUAGAUUGGGAAAAGACCAUGGAUUUUGAUUGUCAAGAUGAAUUGGCAUAUUACUUCACUUUGAAUUUGGGUUCCCAUCGGCCAAGCUAAUAAGACACUAAUUGGUUCUUUUACAUCCUGUUAAUUAGUCUUCAAACAGCACAAACUAAAAUUAUUGAUUAGAAUUAUGUUUUGUGAUGUGUAUAUAGUUGUGUAUUGCAAUUUAUGUAUGUAUGUAAAUAAUAAUUUACAAUACGAUUUAUUAUUUUAUAUAAAUCAUUGAAAUUGGUAUUUGAGCUAGUUA